ACAGCAGCAGAAAGUGCUAGAACUAGAACGAUUAACGUUAAAUUUAUCACCCACUUUUUCAUGAUUAAUUUCUGAUUAAAACGACAAGUCUCAAAGCCCAACCCUUAGAUUCGAUAUGAUAUAUAAAUAAUAAUUAAUAUUAAUAUUUAGAAAUCAAAGUGAUAGAGAUAGAGAUAGAGAAAAGAAAGAUCAUGGACUCGGAAAUGACGGAGGCAGAGGCAUCGCCGGUGAUGGUUGCGUCUAGCUCCGGCCAAAACGACGUCGUUCGAGAUUUGCUCACAUUGGCGCGCCAACUCAUAAAUCAAGGCAAACCUUCUCAGGCACUCCAAGCGGUGGUCGUAGCUAUGAAGAAUAGGGGUGGGGAUGAAGCUGUUUUUCAGUCCUUGCACCGGGCUCGCGAGCUGUACAGAAGGAGACUGCAAGAGAAUGCUGCGGUUGAUAAGCUGGCUUCUUUGUUUGCUGAGUGUGCUAUUGCUGAAGCUCAGCCUGUAGUGAUUGAACCACCUACCAAUGACAUUACCGUCCAAUCAAUUACCCCAGAUGCUCAUGGGACUUCCAUACUGGCAGAAAGUGGCAGGAUGCAAGUAGUACUGGAUGCAGUUUCUGAUGGAAGCAGCUUCAUCUGUUUGAAGUGUGGAGGCCUUGUUAGUAACCAUCGCAAAGAGGAGCACUAUGCAUACUGGUGUUGUUAGUCCUGUGCGCUUGUGUAUAGGGGGUUGCCUAUCAGACAUGUUGAUGCUAAGUUUUUCUAUGCAUUGUCAAGAUGGACUGAUAGAAUGAGCCAACUUCUGAGUUCUGACUUCCAAAGUCAUGCUGCGGUCAUAGUGGAGUGAAUUGCCAAACUUGGUUUCCUUUGAAGACUUCAAUGCUGUAAACUUUCGUGAUUUAGUUACCGAUACAGAAUUGUGUAGUAAUCUUGGGCUGUGGCGUCCAUGUUGACUCCAAUGUGGUAAUUAUUAUUUGGGCCAACAGUACCGUAUGUAAUGUUGUCUUUUUUUUUUGUUUCAUUGAGUUGAUUUGUUUUAAGUAAUAAAUACAUAGACCAAAAAUAUAAGUAAUAAAUAAAAAAAUAAUACUUUAUUUU